AAACUGAGAAUGAAUCUUGUAAGAGCAAUACGUGCCUUGUUAUUAUCGAGAACAAAAAGUCUAUUAACCUAACCACCACCUCCGCCUUUACCUUCGGUGGCUCAGCCACGGAUCUCUCCGUCACGCUCGCGACGACAUACUCUAUAACUCUACCCUCUUCUUUCUCUUCUCUGCCAUGGCGGAUCUCCCAGAAGAUCCGGUGUCAUCUCCGACCUUUAAAGCCUCACCUGAGCUUCUCCACCUGUGUAAAAUGGACUCUCUAAUGCCUUCAUCCAGCAGGAGCUUUCAAUACACAACGGAGUUUCUUUCUUCUCCAUCAAUUUCAUCGAUUCUGUUUGGAGAAGAUGCCUUAACUGUUCAAGAUCCCCUUCCCCAGCAACCUCCAUCCUCUACGACAAAGGAAACAACCAGGACUCCUCCAUCUCCAAAGUCGAUCUCAAAGGUUUUAUUUGGAAAUGAGACACUCGAUGUCGGAGGAUUGUCACGCCAAGCCUCUCAACCUCAUCUAGGAGCUUGGGCAUCUCCGCUUAAGUUCUCAGAUAACUUUAAUUCCGCUACCGGUAAACAGAUACAAAAGGAUAACCUUAAUGGCUUCUCGAAACAGCCUGUGUCUGAAGAAUGGCCGGCUCUGACUGCUAAUCUUCCCACCAUCUCUCGUAAGCAAAGAGCUCGCAUCUCUUCCUCUCAAGCUGCAAAUUCCUCGGCUCCAUCUUCUGCAGUAGGUGAUGAUCUUCAUGCUAUCUCAAGCGAGUAUCCAUGGGCAUCGAAGAUGCGAUCCAAAUGCAAUCUCCACAGGGUUACCACUCCCACAUACUUGGAAGAUGGAACUCCAAUGGUAUGCAUUCCGCCAUCUGUUCUUCUGAAGGGAUUAGAUCACCAGCGUGAAUUCAUUGUUGGACAGUUCAAGAACUGUUCAGCACCACCAGGAGGUUUAAUUCAUGGAAUGGCUACCCGAAUUUGGGGUAAAAAGUGUAAGAUUUUCACUAAACAGCUUGGUGAAUCUUCUUAUCUGUUUCAUAUACCCGAUGAGUCGACUAGGAAUUGGAUAAUUUCGCGAGGAAUCUGGUAUGUGGAUGACUGCUUAAUGUUUGUUUCUGCGUGGAAUCCUUCAGAAACGAUCUCACUCCCUGAAAUCAAGACAAUUCCUAUUUGGUUAACUCUUAAGAACAUCCCCUUUCAGCUAUAUUCCAUUGAGGGCAUUGAUUGGAUUGCUUCAGGCAUCGGGGAACCUAUGUUGACUAGCAAGCCUUGGUUAGAUCCAACAUCUAUUGGAGAAGCAAAAAUCUUAGUUGAGGUCAAGCUAGACAGGCCCUUCCCUAAGCGUGUAGCUUUACAGGACAAAGAAGGUACCAUAAGUUUGGUAGACAUCAUUUACUCUUGGCUUCCUUCUAGCUGCACAUCUUGUGGACAGCUGGGACAUAAAGCUAAUCGUUGCUUAGGAGUAAAAGCAACAAAUGUGACAACUGAUCCAAAGAACUCCCAAGUUAUUGUCCCAGAAGUCUUAGCUACAAGUACAGAUGUUGGCGCCCCUUCUACUCAUUCAUCUUUGAAUCAAAAUAAUACAUCAACGGUACCUAUUCCUACUUUCUCCACUGUUACUACUACUUAUCUUGCACUUACACCUUCGUCGGCAAUAGAGCAAGGUCCAACUAAGGUUACAUUUGAGGCUGGAAACUCUAACCAACAGGCUGACAUCACAUCGGCUCAACCUGACCUUCAGUUUUUGACUACGCUUACAAGUAACGAGUCAUCAACAAACACUGCCACCUUCUCUCCUUCAGGUACUGAACAAGACUUACAUAAAUCUCCAAACACUACUAAGCAAGGUACUGAGACUUCUAUUAUUGAAGAAGAUAACAAUGUCUGCUUAGAGUUACCAUCGGUAAAUGAGACUAAUUCAAGUUGUGAAAAAAACAAACUGGAUACUACUGAGGAUUUAGAAGUGACCGAUCUGACAGAGAUUAAAUCUUCAAAAGAAGCUGCUGUGAUGUCCUCUUCGGAUACCGAUCACAUUGUCUCUAUCACCUGUCCCCAUACUGAAAACUUGACUCUCGAUGAGGUAUUUGCUUCCUCUCCACCUCUUUUUGUUCCAGGUCCAAGUACAGCUGCUGCUCCUUUUGCAUCAGAUGAUGACUUGAUAAAUAGAACUCGAGGAGGAAGACUCAUAAAACCAUCACUUAAAGGUAAAGAGUUUGAAUGGACAGAGGUGGGAGGAAGGGGAAAACGGGGACGAGGUCGUGGUCCUAAACACUAGAACCACCAUCACUGCCUUCAUCAACCUUCUUCAACUAUUAUGCUGUGCUUUAUGUAUCUCUAAAUUAGUGUUUUCUUACUCUUUCACUUCUCUGAAAUCUAAAUUUCUUUGGUCACAAAUGUGAACCAUUUGUAUCAAACUUUUGAAUUUUAAAUAGAAAGCCCUUUUUCAAAAACAAAAAAAAUACGUGCC